AUGGGUUGCACUCCAUCAAAGGGUAGGCUUUUCGCCCUUGCUUUUAGCAGUGAGAAAACUAUUGAAGAUCCACCUCAGAACUCUGAUAAUGCAUGCAUAGUCAGUGUGAGCACUGAUCCGCCUGUUUUGGAAAAAGCAGCCACUGACUGUUGCUCUGAGAAAGAUGUAAAAGAAAACUCUACUGUCUCCAAAGAGAAAACACCCUCUGUUACUGAGGUGAUAAGUGAUGCUGCUACAAUAAAUGAGGACACCGUACAGAAAAUUGAGGUAAACGUGGCGGUCCAAGAGAAGUUGCCGCCGGUCGAUCAAAAGCCUGACAGCAAGCCGCCACGAGUAAGAGGCGAGAAAAGGAAGAAAACAAAAGAUGGCAAGAAAUCGAGGUCAAAGGACAAGCUCAAAAAGGGGUCUCUCAUCCACACAAAAAUCGAGCUCCCCGAAGAGAUGGUGAAGGCCCACCAGGCUGCCUACUCUUACCUGAACCCCAACAUCUCCAAAUACGAGACCUUGCUGCGGCUGCUGGACCAGGCGUCCCACACGCAGCUCAGCCUGCAGCCCAUGGUGACCAUGGUGGCCACGCGGUACGACGAGAUCAACCUCACCCUGGAGGAGAUGGCCAGGGAGGGAGAGCAGAUGCUCAAAGAGCACGGCGAGCACAUGGCCUGGCCGGCCGGCCUCCCACGACACGGCCCGCUGGCCUCAGCCUUGAAGCAGAGCCAGGACGACCAGAACUGCCCGAGACCGCCGCCUCCGGACCUGCUCCAGCAGCUGCUCCAGCACUCCACCGAGAAGAUGCGGCUGGUCGGGGAGUCCGUCACCAGCCUGGGCGACUCUGCACUUGAGGAGGCCACAGAGUACUUUGCCUCUAUCUCGGAGCUGUUGGGGGAGAAGCUGAAGACGAAGAGGGCUGUGGAGGGUCGCCUGAAGCAGGUGCUGACCCGCGUGGAGGCAGCCGCCGUCAGCAAGCUUGGCAUGGAGGACUCUGCUUUACACAGCGAGGACAGCGGCAUCGGUGGGGAGAACGAGAGUCUGGCCGGGUCAGAUCGCCAUCGCCAGCACAGGGAGAGCUGCCAGUCGUCAGCUGCUCCAAAUGUUCUAAACGGCACACUUCUACUGUAUGGAGAAGAUGGGGAAGACGAAGAUGAUGAGGAGGGUGAUGAUGAUGAGGACGAUGAGGAGGAAGAGGUAGAGGAUGAGGAGAGGGUGAAGCCAUCAGUUGAACCAACAGCGAACAGAAGUCUCAAAACACCCACACAAAGUCCCCGGAAGGAGAAAAAGUGCGCGAGGCGCCCUAAAACCGCCGACCCUACCAAAACACCAAGCAGACCUGAUAAUUUAAGGGGAUCACGGCGAUCACGCUCCUUAGUGAACCUACACCAGGAUAGCUCCUCGUUGGACGAACCAACUGGGAGCAGUUUGACUUUAGGGCAGGAGAAAGCGAGAAGGGACAUGGAGACGUCAGAGGGUGCGAGGCCCAAGUUGAGGCGGCACUCCUCUAUAGAAGCCAGUCUUGAGACGAGGAGGAACCCAUGUCCCCCCACACCGGCCGCGGAGCCUCAGGGUCGUCACGCCGUGAAGAGGCUCAUCACGACAUUCAGCCACGGCCAAUAUGGCCGACAUGAUGACAUGGACGUGGACAGCCUGCCCCCACCUCCUCCAGAAAUCCUCAUGGACAACUCGUUUGAGAUCACAAGAGGUGCUGCCGCUGUCGGGGAAGGAGGGGGACAGAACGGGCCUACUCUAAGUCGCUCCGGCACAUGUCAACAAAAUAACAAUGUGUCCCAGAAACUCAGAGCAUCUGUGCAGUCCAUGUCAGUGCUGCCGAAUCGGGCAAAUGUCCAACACAGCUCCCUAAGCCUGUCUGCGGCCUGUGCCGCUAAAUCGGAGGGCGUGGAUGAUGAUAUGGAUACCGCAAACGCAGUGCCUGAGACACACUACCGCCACUCCCACAAGAUCACACACUCGCAUGAUCCUGCGACAUCCAGAGUCAAGGUGGGCCAAGAAGUCGUCUGGAGUCCUGCUGCCACCCCAGCUGGCAUAGGAUCAAGGCAAGCUAGUCACGACCACGGUGACAGUGAUACGUUAAGCCCACCGCUGCCGCCCGUCUCCUGGCCAUCAUCAACAACAACCCCUCCCGUCGCCAGACCCCGUCUGCCACCUGCCUGCCCCCCGCUGGGCCACCACGUUCCCACACCGCCCAGCUUCCCCUCUGGAAGGCGGACGAGCAGCAACAGCGAGGAGAACCUUCCCGUCGCGUCAUCUGCGGCGUUCGCCAGCGCUCGCUCCGUCUUCUGUCAAGAGCAGGCCUCCAGGACGCUGUCCACCACGUCUACGCUGCCUCGGCCCUGGGGAGAGAGCAGCCGGGGAAGACUCCCCCACACGGUACCACAGGGCUUCGCCAGACGCAGCUCUUCAGAGCAGCGAGCGCCCACCUGUAACCAGACCGAGCCGAGCCCUCAUCCAGAUCAAGCUGUACCCAGUGCCACCCAUGAGUAA